AUGACCCGUGUUAUAGACGAGGACGAAUUCGUCCUGACAAUUUCCGACAACGAGAGCCUGCCUGUCUCUGAUCCCGACACAGAUGUCUCGGAAACGGUAGAGCUCCGCACCAGCACCAAGCGAAAACGGGAAGAAAAGAAAACUGCUCGCAAGAACAAGAAACAGAAGCUCCAACGGGGGGGCAGUGAAGAGGACGAGCGCAUUGCGUCCGGCGACGACUCAGCGAGCGGAGAAGAAUCUGGAGUUCACGAUGGUGCCCUCGAUCCUGACUUCGAGUUUGACAUCGGCGCGAACCACGUGCAAGAAGACCUCGAAGAUUUUGACGGAUGGGGUGAGGAUAUCACAAGCACAAAGCAUCGAGAGCAAAAGAAGAAAAGUGUCGACAUUGACGACAUCAUUGCUCGCCGCGCAGAGAAAAGGGCAAACCGCACCGGGUCCAAGAAGCCUCCGGAAGAAGUAGAAGAAGAACAAGCUGGGGAUGAAGGGAGUGACGAGGAGGAUGUAGUAAUGCCCGACUUCGAAGAUGAUGAGCUGCUUGCACCGGAUACCUUCGGCGCUGAUGCUGAAUCUGAAGAUGAGGAAGACGAGGAAGAAAAGGAAGAAGAUGAGGACGAGGACGAGGACGAGGACAACAAUGCUUCUGAUAGCGACUCGGUGGCAUCUCCAACCGCCCAUCCCGAGGAUGAAGCUUCUGAUCAGUCAGAUGCUGAGUCGCAGACAUCCAUCUCGGAAGAUCCUGACGAGAAGGCUAAACGCGCUGCGUUCUUCGCUCCUGAGGACAAAGCGACACAACGCGACAUCAAAUCUACAUCCUCGUUCCAACAGUUCUCCCUGUCGCGGCCCAUCUUACGGGGCUUGGCCGCCCUUUCGUUCACGACCCCUACACCCAUCCAAGUCCGAGCCAUUCCCGUCGCACUGCAAGGCUUAGAUGUGGUCGGGUCCGCCGUGACAGGCUCGGGCAAGACUGCGGCGUUCCUCCUCCCGAUCCUUGAACGCCUGUUGUACCGGCCCAGAAAAGUCCCCACGACCCGAGUUGCCAUCCUUAUGCCUACUCGCGAACUCGCAGUCCAAUGCUACAGUGUCGCCACGGCACUGGCUCGAUUCACCGAUAUCACCUUCGCCCAGGUCGUGGGUGGCUUCUCGUUGCGGGAACAAGAAACUAUCCUGAAAAAGCGACCAGAUGUCGUGAUUGCUACGCCAGGAAGAUUCAUUGACCACAUGCGUAACUCGGCGAGCUUUGCCGUCGAGAACAUUGAAAUCCUGGUGCUCGACGAAGCAGACCGAAUGCUCGAAACCGGAUUUGAAGACGAGCUGAACGAGAUCCUCAGGACCAUUCCUAAAGGAAGACAAACAAUGCUCUUCUCUGCUACCAUGACCGACAGCGUGGACAAAUUGGUACGAGUGGGCAUGAACCGUCCGGUACGUUUAUCCGUCGAUGCGAAGAGGUCUACGACAGCGGGUCUAGUUCAGGAAUUUGUCCGUCUCCGCCAAGGACGAGAGGGCUUGCGUCUGGCAACUCUAUGUGUGCUGUGCCUGAAAUUCUUUACCGAACGCACUAUAGUCUUCUUUCGCCAGAAGAAGGAAGCUCAUCGUGUCCGCGUCGUGUUCGGUUUACUGGGCCUAAAGGCCGGUGAACUGCAUGGAAGCAUGACUCAAGAACAACGUAUCAGUGCAGUCAAUGCCUUUCGAGACGGCAAGACCUCGCACCUUCUCGCCACGGAUCUUGCCAGUCGAGGCCUCGACAUCAAAAACGUCAUGACAGUCGUCAACUACGAAGCCCCCCAGACCCAUGAGAUCUAUUUACAUCGUGUAGGUCGGACAGCCCGAGCAGGCCGCUCGGGGCGUGCGUGCACAAUCGCCGCCGAACCCGAUCGAAAGGUGGUUAAGGCGGCCGUGAAGAGCGCAAGGCAACACGGUGCCAAAGUCGUGUCCCGAGUCAUGGAUGUCCAAGAGGUCGACGCCAUGAAUCGACAGCUCGAAGAUCUCGAAUCAGAGAUCGAGGAUAUCCUGAAAGAAGAGAAAGAACAAAAGCACUUGGCUGCCACCGAGGCCGAAAUCACGCGUGGAGAGAACCUCAUCAAGCACGAGUCUGAAAUCAUGGCCCGGCCCAAGAGGACGUGGUUCGAGACGGAGAAAGAGAAACGCGACGCCAAGAACAAAGGGCGAAUGGAGUUGAACGGGCCCAACGGGGUGGGAUCUGUGAAAGUGCGGACAGAGAAGAAAAAGUUGAGCAAUAAAGACAGAAAGCGUCUCGACGAUGCGCGAGAGAGAAAGGAGGGGAAGAUGUGGAGGAAGGGGAAGGGCAGCGAGGAGGCGGCGAAGAAGAUGAUGAAGGAAAAGGGAAAGGGGAAGAAUAAGAACAACAACAAUAACAAAAAGAGCGGUGGAAGGAUGAAGGGUAGAAGAAGGUGA